AUGAAUGCCACUACAACCGCAAUACAUGGUCUCGAGAAGUUGAAGGAUUUGUAUGGCGAUAUUGCUCAGGUACCAAUCGCUCUCAGCGGACGUCUUCACCAUAUGAAUGGCUCGAAAUAUGUGCAGGCGUCGUGCAUUUGGUCAAGUCGUGCGGUUGAGAUGAAAAAGAUCCAUAAAACACAACGAUUGAGUAUUCUGUGUAGGAAAAGCGGUGAACCGAAUCUUUAUGAUCUGAUCUCAACGACUUCAUCACCUCUGACAAGUUUCGAGACGUUGGCUACAGCCUACUCGAAGUCAGAUUCCAAAAUUGCGACGUUGAUAACGGUGAAGGAUGGCAAGGACAAAAAACAGUAUAUCAAAAUUUUCGAUCUUUUGGAGCAUAUCGAACUGUGUUGUGUGGAUGUCACAACUCCAAAGAAACACGGUGUUGUGCAUUCAAAUGGUGAAUUCGGUGGUUUGAAGUGGUCAAACGGUGAAGGGCACGUACUGUUCACGGCUGAGAAAUUCUCGAAGAAAUCUGAAUACUUCGAUGCCGACUUAGAUUGGAGUAACGAAGAGAAAAUUAUUGAAUCAAACGUUGGUGAUAAAUAUGAAUUGAUCGAGAACUGGGGUGAGCAGAGGUUCGAGGCUUGUAAACCUGUCAUAUGCAUUAUGGAUGUGCUCAGUGGAGGUGUUACGGUCAUAGACCAAAUACCAGAAAACCUGUCACCUGCUUAUAGUGUAUGGGCACCGAACGACACUGGAAUUGUCUUCUUUGGCAUCAAAAACGAACCGUUCAAACUCGGAAAGAUUUACUGUAAUAAUCGAAGAGGGACUCUGUAUUACUAUGAACUGGAAAGUGCGAAAUUAACAGCGUUAAGCGAUGAAGACGUGGCUGUCGAGGAGAUCGCCUUUUCAGCAGAUAACACAAAGUUAAUUUACUUCGAACGCUCGGCGAAUGGUCCUCAUAAUGCAACGUUUUCAAUGCGUAUGGUAACAUGGAACGAUCGAGCCAACACGGAAAUAGUUCCGAUAGUGAGUGUGCCAGAACCUUCUGACGCAUUUCCUGGUUUCUCUAUGAUACAAUUACCGAGCAGAUGCUGGUCUAGAGACAAUCGCCGUGUUAUUGUCUCCACUGCGUGGGGUUCAAAAUUGGAGUUAGUUGUUGUUGAUACGCAUAUGGGCACAGUUAGUCGAAUCUCGAAUAUUGUGAAUGUGCACGGGAGCUGGUCUCUUUUCGACGUUUUGGACGAUACUUUGUUGGUGGUUUGUAGUGCACCAAAUCGACCACCAGCCGCACUUGUUGGACAUCUACCGAAGUUGGGCAAUGAAGAUCAGAUUCUAUGGACACGAUUGGACAAUAGCAGUACGCCGGUUGAGGUACGCCUUAAACUCUUGGAUUAUUCAUGGAAAGUUGUGGAAUUCGGUUGGCAGGAUGACGAAAAAUAUGAAGGCCUCUUGUAUGUACCAAAUAAUGGUGGUGAUUCAAUUCCGCUGGUUGUGAAUCCACAUGGAGGACCACAUGGAUUGUCGAUUGCUUCUUGGCCUCGUCGAGAUGUUGUGUUACUGCUAAACUCUGGUUAUGCACUACUUUCGAUCAAUUAUCACGGAUCGAUAGGAUUCGGCGAUCGUUUCGUUCGCUCACUUCCAGGUCAUUGUGGCGAUUUGGAUGUAGCAGAUGUGCAGAAUGCGGUUCAAACGGUACUGGACAAAGAGCCGAGACUGGAUCGAUCAAGAGUGGCGCUGUUCGGUGGUUCACAUGGUGGAUUUCUGGCGAGUCAUCUGAUAGGACAAUAUCCUGGUUUCUACAAAGCUUGUGUUGCUCUGAAUCCUGUUCUCAGCAUUGCCACAAUGUUUGAAAUAUCCGAUAUCGCCGAUUGGUCAGUUGUGUGUGCAACUGGCGUGGAUCAUGACUGGACCAAGAUGCCCACAAAAGAGCAACGCGAUGCCAUGUAUAAAUCGUCACCAAUAGCUCACGUCGAAAAUGUGAAUACACCAUAUUUACUAUUGAUUGGCGAGAAAGACCUUCGUGUCGCCAAACAUUAUCGCCCUUUUAUUAGGAACUUAGCGGCUCGUGGUGUUCCGAACAAAGUACUUACAUAUCCGGACUCAUCACAUCCACUCGAAGAAGUCGAUGUGGAAGCGGACUUCGCGAUAAACAUUGUGCGAUGGUUCGAUAAGUACAUUCAGUGA